AUGGCUGAAAAAUUAGAGGAUUUAAAUUUACCAGCUGCGGUUGUUACUCGUAUCAUUAAAGAAGCUUUACCAGAAGGAUGUAAUGUAGCUAAAGAGGCUAAAUUAGCUUUGUCUAGAGCAGCUUCAGUAUUUGUUUUGUAUUUAACUUCGCAUGCAAAUAAAAUAUCGAUAGGAAACGGUAAAAAAAUUAUAACGAAUGAAGAUGUAAUGGAGGCUAUUCAAGACACAGAAUUCGGUAGAUUUGAAAAACAAUUAAAUGAAGCUGCUGAACAUUUUAGGAAAAUUCAAAAUUCAAAAAAAGAAGCAUUGAAUCAAAAAAAAAGACUUAAAGAAGCAAAUCAAGAAGAAGGACAAGAAAACAUGCAAAUGAGUUUGGAAUAUUGA